AGAGAGGAAAAUGGAAAUGGAGGAGGAGAUGGUAAAUAAAAGUCGUCUCUGAUGCAAAGUGGCAGUGGGCCGACGGCUUUUUUUUUCAAUUUUCGUCAGUCCACCUUCUUUCUCUCUCUAGAAAAUCAAUAUACCAAACGCCCCCUCUUUCUCUCUCUUAGAUCAAACUCCUCUCUCUCUCUCUCUAUCUCUCUGUUUGGUUAGUAGGAAAAUACCGUGUGGCAUUUUCUUUUUUUGCUCGGAAAAAUUGGAGCUGAUCUUAGGCCAAGAUUACGAUUGUUUAUUUACGAAGUGUUAGAUCGGGUGGUGCUGCGGGAGGGAGACGAUCUAGGAUUGCGGAGCUGAAGAAGAGUGGUCCGUCCUUGUCGCUAUCGCUGGAUCUGGACCGACCAUGGCGUUGUCGGGCAUGCGAGGACUCUCCGUCUUCAUCAGCGACAUUCGGAAUUGUCAGAACAAAGAGCAGGAGAGGCUCCGUGUCGAUAAGGAGCUCGGCAAUGUCCGUACUCGCUUCAAGAACGAAAAGGGUUUGACACCAUAUGAGAAGAAGAAAUAUGUCUGGAAAAUGCUUUACAUUUAUAUGCUGGGUUAUGAUGUGGAUUUUGGUCACAUGGAAGCUGUUUCUCUAAUAUCUGCACCAAAGUAUCCAGAAAAGCAGGUUGGGUAUAUUGUGACAUCAUCUUUGCUCAAUGAGAACCAUGAUUUUUUGAGAUUAGCCAUAAAUACAGUGCGCAAUGAUAUUAUUGGCCGAAAUGAGACUUUCCAAUGUCUGGCAUUGACUAUGGUUGGGAAUAUUGGUGGGAGAGAAUUUGCGGAGUCAUUGGCACCUGAUGUGCAAAAGUUACUUAUAUCAAGCAGCUGCAGACCACUUGUGAGAAAAAAGGCUGCAUUGUGUCUGCUGCGCCUCUACAGGAAAAAUCCUGAUGUUGUUAAUGUAGAUGGAUGGGCGGACCGGAUGGCACAACUUUUAGAUGAACGUGAUCUUGGUGUUUUGACAUCCUCUAUGAGCCUUCUUGUUGCUCUUGUAUCAAAUAAUCAUGAAGCAUAUUGGAGUUGUCUUCCAAAGUGUGUUAAAGUAUUAGAGAGGCUUGCUAGGAACCAGGAUGUUCCACAAGAGUACACCUACUAUGGUAUCCCAUCUCCCUGGCUUCAGGUUAAGACAAUGAGGGCUCUUCAGUAUUUUCCUACCAUUGAAGAUCCAAAUACCAGAAGAUCAUUGUUUGAGGUCUUACAACGGAUAUUGAUGGGAACAGAUGUCGUGAAAAAUGUAAACAAGAACAAUGCAUCGCAUGCUGUUCUUUUUGAAGCUCUUGCACUUGUCAUGCAUCUUGAUGCUGAAAAAGAAAUGAUGUCUCAGUGUGUUGCACUUCUUGGAAAAUUUAUAGCUGUGCGUGAACCAAAUAUUCGAUAUCUUGGUCUGGAGAAUAUGACUCGCAUGUUGAUGGUAACGGAUGUGCAAGAUAUCAUCAAAAGGCAUCAGGCUCAGAUUAUCACCUCUCUGAAGGAUCCUGAUAUCAGUAUUCGUAGGCGUGCUCUUGACUUGCUUUAUGGCAUGUGUGAUGUUUCAAAUGCGAAGGACAUAGUCGAAGAGUUAUUGCAGUAUCUGAGUACUGCAGAGUUUGCAAUGCGGGAAGAAUUGUCACUUAAAGCUGCUAUUCUUGCGGAGAAGUUUGCUCCUGAUCUUUCUUGGUAUGUGGAUGUGAUCCUUCAAUUGAUUGACAAGGCUGGGGAUUUUGUGAGCGAUGAUAUAUGGUUUCGGGUUGUACAAUUUGUUACAAACAAUGAAGAUCUACAGGUGAUUAAUGUUUUCAGUAUCUUCGCAAUUUCUUUCUUCUUUAAAUCAUUUAUGCAUUGGUUGAGUGAAUUUUAUGCAUUUCCUCAGCCAUAUGCGGCAGUAAAGGCCAGAGAGUAUCUUGACAAGCCAGCUAUUCACGAGACGAUGGUCAAGGUCAGUGCAUAUAUCCUAGGAGAAUUUGGCCACCUUUUGGGCAGAAGGCCUGGAUGUAGUCCAAAGGAAUUGUUUAGUAUCAUUCAUGAGAAGCUUCCUACUGUAUCAAUAUCUACUAUACCCAUUCUUCUUUCUACGUAUGCUAAGAUCUUGAUGCAUACUCAACCUCCAGAUCCAGAAUUGCAGAGUCAGAUUUGGGCAAUAUUCAGCAAAUAUGAGAGUUGCAUUGAUGUUGAAAUACAACAAAGAGCUGCUGAGUAUAUUGCCUUGAGCAGGAAAGGUGCGGCUCUAAUGGAUAUAUUAGCUGAAAUGCCUAAAUUUCCAGAGCGACAGUCUGCCUUGAUAAAAAAGGCUGAAGAUACUGAAAUUGAUACUGCGGAACAAAGUGCCAUCAAGUUGAGGGCUCAGCAGCAAACUUCAAACGCCUUAGUUGUAACAGAUCAACGUCCUGCUAAUGGGGCUCCGCCUGGCAGCCAGCUUUCUCUUAUAAAGAUUCCUAGCACGGAAACUAACAUGGAUCAAAGUUCAUCUCACCAAGGCUUAUCCCCAGCAAAUGGGACUUUGAGUAAGGUUGAUGCGCAAUCUCCUUCAGCCGAUUUCCUUGGUGAUCUUUUAGGUCCACUUGCUAUUGAAGGUCCUCCAAGCAGUGCUGCCCAACCUCAGCAAACUAUAGACCCUGGAUUGGAAGGGGAUCCAAAUGCAGUUGAUGCCACAGCCAUAGUGCCUGUUGAUGAGCAGCCAAAUGCUGUUCAGCCUGUAGGAAAUAUUGCUGAAAGAUUCCAUGCUUUGUGCUUAAAGGAUAGCGGUGUUCUUUAUGAGGAUCCUCAUAUUCAGAUUGGCAUAAAGGCAGAAUGGCGAUUAUAUCAUGGGCGUCUUGUUCUUUUCUUGGGAAACAAGAAUACUUCUCCACUUGUUUCGGUUCAGGCUAUAAUAUUGCCUCCCUCUCAUUUGAAGAUGGAACUGUCAUUAGUGCCAGAAACCAUUCCUCCCCGUGCGCAGGUGCAAUGCCCACUUGAAGUUGUGAACCUUCGUCCCAGCAGAGAUGUAGCAGUUCUUGACUUUUCAUACAAGUUUGGUAACAAUAUGGUCAAUGUCAAGCUUCGCCUCCCAGCUGUCUUGAAUAAAUUUCUUCAUCCUAUAACAGUGUCCGCUGAGGAGUUUUUUCCUCAAUGGAGAUCACUUUCAGGACCACCAUUGAAGCUUCAAGAAGUGGUUAGAGGUGUAAAACCACUACCACUUCCUGAAAUGGCAAAUUUAUUCAACAGUUUCCGGUUAAGUGUUUGUCCAGGACUUGACCCGAAUCCAAAUAAUCUUGUAGCCAGCACCACAUUUUACUCAGAAAGUACACAGGCCAUGCUUUGCUUGACAAGAAUUGAAACGGAUCCAGCAGACAGAACCCAGAUGCGGAUGACAGUAGCCUCAGGAGAUCCUACCCUAACGUUUGAGUUGAAGGAGUUCAUCAAGGAACAAUUAGUUGGCAUACCUAUAAACCAUCCCCGCGCACAUACACCACCAGCACCGGCACAGGCACUGGCACCGGCACCGGCACCGGCACCUCCGGCUCCACCAGUAGCUCAACCAUCUACUCCAGCAUCUUCAUUAACAGAUCCCGGGGCUAUGCUGGCUGGUUUGCUGUGACAUUAAGCAGAGGAUGAUUGAUGUGUGAGGAUUUGUUCAAUAUACACUUGUAAACCUGAUUUAUACAACCUGCCCACCCAUUCGACCCUCGAGUUGAGAGAUGGAUAAGGAAAAUCCAGAUGCAAGGGCUGGCGGAAUUGAGGGUGAGCUUCACUUGUGGUCGGCUUUAGGUGUUUUGAGUGGGAUUUUGAGGGGUUGGUCGGGGUUUUGAAAUUCUUUAUGCACGAUGCGAUUGUGCCCAAGUGAGAUUUAUUUUUUUUUUUUCUUUUUUUUUUUUUUUCGGGUGAGGGCUUUUUGUUUUUUCCUUUUCAUAUAUAUAUAUAUAUAUUUUUCCCUUCGCAGUUUCAGUGGCUUGGUUUACGUAGUACGAUAUUUGACAGCAUGUAAGAUAAUUGCAUGGAGUAGACUAGUUGUAAAAGUUUGAAUUUGUUUGUUAAUGCAUAACUAUAUUUUUAAAUAAGAGAUUAUUUGGGGAAAUAAAAACAUUAAAAUAUGCAUUCUCUCUC